AUGCACUGCAAUAAGAAGAGGCCGUUUGGAGCAGAAAAGAAAGAAGCAGAGCAGAAAAAGAGCACGUCCUUGAAAAAGACAGAAAACUCAGAAAAUAGAGUCCUGCCAAGCGAGACUGAAGCUGUGAAAGAAAAAAGUGAAAAGUCAGAAAUAGCCUGGCCUGAAAAGGCAUACAGGGGAGAAGCAAAACAAGACCCCAGCAGGAAAUGGAGCAAAGACCAGGCAAUGAAGUAUCUUGAGAACGUUUUAUCAAACAAAAGCAAACAGGACCUGAGAAACUUUCAGUUCUACAGAAUAAAAGGCCUUCCUGACAAAAGAGUCAAUCCCGUCAUUCUGAGAACUGUGUGGUGCAGCAUAACAGGGAUAAGCUCGUGCAACCUCGGAUUCAUUACGCAAAUAGGCGGCAGCGAGGUGCAGAUAGCAGUGCCCAAGAAGUACGAGGAUAAUCUUGAGCUGAUUGUAAGAUCGUACGAAGAGCUGAACAUAAAGGGCGUGAGGAUAGAAGGCCCGGUUGAUCCGCUGGAGUUUAAUGGCAUUUCAAAGGAGGCUCUUCUGAAUAUUCUGAAAGACUACGCCCUCCAGCUGACUAAACACAGCGAAAUGAAGAAUAUAGAUCUGUACAGGUUCUGUGAAAAAGUGCUCGCGUGCAAAACACCGGAUGACUUUUACAUGAAAGUGCACUUUCUUAAAUGA